AUGUCCCGAGCCAUAGACCCAAAAAUAGCCGCAAACCUCAACUCCGUCAACCUACAACAAGUAUACGAAGAACUAACGCAAACCCUCACCCUCCCCUCCUCCCCAUCCACCGCCCUCCUCGAAAUCGAAAUCCUCAAAGAGUUCCACUUCCCCCCCGGCCAAACCAUCCUCAAAGACAACAACUUCAUCGCCAUCUCCAAACUCGCCCUAGUCCAAUCCUUCCUCUUCGCCCGAACCCGUCUCAGAGCCUACCAAACCGACCCCUCCCUCUUCAGCUCAGACGACAUAUCCUCCGCCACAUUCACCAUCCUCCUCUUCGACCCCGAGCACCUCACAGCAGCCAACACCAGAAAACGACUUCUCCAGUCAGAAUUGCAAAGGCAAAACUCUGACCAUAGAACGGUGUUGGAACAAGAAAAGAGGACGGUAGACAGUCUCCUCACAAGCAGACUACACCGACACACCAAAUCCCCCGUGUUAUGGAGUCAUCGGCGGUGGCUCAUCACCCAGUACGCAAAGUAUGGUCUGUCAGUUGAAGUCACGGGUGAUAUCGAGAGGAUUGUCUGCGUGGCUGGGGAGAGACAUCCCCGGAACUACUACGCUUGGUGUCACGCCAGGUUUUUGGUCAACAUCAGCAACAACAACUUCAACCGUGGGAAGCUGUUGGAAAUAGUCCAGACUUGGUGCGCUCAGAAUCACACCGACAUAUCAGGGUGGUCAUUCCUGUCUUUUCUCCUCGGCCGUGACAAGGACGCACCGGGGGUGAUAGCCAAGGUGUUGGAUCUGGUCGAAUCUCUCCGGUUGUCAAACGAGUCUGUCUGGGUGUUUUUGCCGACUUUGGCAGCGGCGGGUGUCAUGACGGAGGAGGCUUAUUCCAGGUUUUUGGAGAUUCAAAAGGAGCUGCUGGAGAUGGAGACGACGGCGGUGGCAGACAAGGCGGUGUUGAGGAGGGCGGUGGAGUGGUGUGAGACAUAUCGGAGUCCAUCAGCAGACAGAGUACGCGGCUGA